AUGAAACUACUAUUAGGGGACUAUACCAUCAUUACAAGGAAAAUAAAGCUGCCAACUAUUUUGAGGGAAGGCUACAGAUCUGCAAUUACAGAAAAAAUAACAGCAGUUUCAAACGAGAUUCGCAACAUCAUCAUACGUGCACAACUGUUUGUGAAUUAUUAUAUCGUAAUACAUGCAAGUCUAGUUGUGGACAUGAAGGUCUUUUCCCAAAGCUUCUGGUAUUGCAUAGCUCAACUGGUCUUAAAAAAAAAUCCUGAAAAUAUCAAGGCUUUACCCAAGGACUGUAUAGCUUGCUGGGAGAGUUUUUCUACUAGAUACAACAGCAUCACAUACGAUAUGGUUCCUGUAAAUAGUUAUUCACAUUGCUUAACAGCCGCUUGUGUUGAACUCGUUACUACGUACACAAAUGCCAUUGUAGAAGUUUUUGAAUCAAGAGUAAAGUCAUAUAUGAUGUAUGAGAUUUCAAAAUUAUUCACACAGAUAAAUUCGCACAAAAUUAGAUUAUUAUUUACAAACUGA